UAACAGUCGUUUUGGAUAGGGAUAAUGGCUUCUUCUUCCGUUAGAAUUUUAAAGUAAUGCUCUUUGAAAGCUGCUGUUGGUGGUGAUAAUGGCUUCUUCAAUUACCUCCUCUUUUCAUACCAGCCAUCUGAGAUCUGUAUUUUUGGGUGAGAGAAAUGGAAUUUGUGUACCUAUUGUUCCACAAACUCGAAUUGGCUUUGCAAAGAAGACUAUAGAAUGCAAGGAGUCACGAAUAGGUAAGCAGCCAAUUGAGGUGCCUUCCACUGUGACCUUUGCGCUGAAUGGCCAAGAUGUUCAAGUUAAGGGUCCGUUGGGGGAGCUUUCAUUAAGUUAUCCUCGAGAAAUCAAGAUUGAAAGAGAGGAAAAUGGAUUAAUUAGAGUAAAAAAGGCAUUGGAAACAAGAAGAGCCAACCAAAUGCAUGGACUUUUCAGGACACUUACAGACAACAUGGUGGUGGGAGUUUCCAAAGGAUUUGAGAAGAGACUUCAAUUAGUUGGUGUUGGUUAUCGUGCCACCGUAGAAGGAACAGACUUGGUAUUAAGUCUGGGAUUCUCUCACCCAGUCCGAAUGGCAAUUCCUGAUGACCUAAAAGUGAAAGUGGAAGAAAACACCAGGAUCAUUAUUAGCGGAUACGAUAAGUGCAACAUUGGUCAAUUUGCUGCUUCUGUUAGGAAAUGGAGACCUCCUGAACCAUACAAGGGUAAAGGUGUCAGGUAUGUCAAUGAAGUUAUCAGAUUAAAGGAAGGAAAAGCAGGCAAGAAGAAAUGAUUAUUGUUAUUUAAUUUUGUAUCAAUUUGUCAAUCUGUUAAUCCCCACUCUAAUUUAUUUGCAUCAGCCCCAUGUAUUUCAGCUACUCGUUAAAUCGACAAGCAUUUUGUUUUUA